ACGCCGGUAGGCUUCCUCAGUCUGGUUUUGAUCGUCCAGGAGAACGCACGUAUCGGAGUGGUGACUCGUAGUUAUGCGCAGUCCUAGUGGCAAGAGAGCGUCAUGACCAAACAAUCGGCCGCGUGUUCUAUCACUCUCGCUAGUAUGGUGAAGAACAGUAACAUCCGAAAGAAGUCUCGCUCCCUGAACAGUACCCCGGAAAGUUUUGAGUGCCAGCAGGUUUUACCGCCGGUAUCCAUCGUCACUCCAGUUUCGACCGGUACCCGUCAGCAUCAGUCUUCUCUGAGAAGCUACAAUAAGUGGUCUCCGACGGAGCAGGGGGCGACACUGGUUUGGCGGGAUUUGUGUGUGUAUGCCACCGGAAAGGGAGACCAUGGCCCGAUCAAGCGAAUUAUCAACAACGUUAGCGGAGCGGUCACUCCGGGAACGCUGAUUGCACUGAUGGGCUCGAGUGGUGCCGGAAAGAGUACUCUAAUGUCGGCGUUGGCAUAUCGAACGCAACCUGGCACCGUUGUACAGGGAGAAAUCUUGGUGAAUGGUCAUCCCAUUGGACCCUACAUGUACCGGCUGAGCGGAUUCGUCCAUCAGGAUGAUCUGUUCAUGGGUUCACUGACGGUCGGUGAGCAUCUUUAUUUCAUGGCGAAGUUGAAACUUGAACGGGGUUCCAACAGACAGAACAUUUCUCGUCUGAUUCAGGAGUUACUUGAACGCACCGGACUAGCAAAAUGUAUCGAUACAAGAAUUGGUGAAGUCGGUGAAGGUAAAAUGCUUUCCGGUGGUGAGAAGAAACGAUUGGCAUUUGCCACCGAGCUACUAACCAAGCCAACAAUUUUGUUUUGUGACGAACCGACGACGGGUUUGGAUUCGUACAGUGCACAAAAUCUAGUUUCAACUCUGCAACUGCUAGCCAAACGAGGCACUGCCAUUAUAUGUACGAUCCAUCAACCAUCUAGCCAACUGUUCUCCAUGUUUGAUCAGGUUAUGCUACUGGCCGAUGGACGCGUUGCCUACGCCGGGAAACCUAACGAUGCGUUGGUGUUUUUUGAACAGCAAGGCUACAGUUGUCCUUCCAACUACAAUCCAGCCGAAUUUCUGAUUGGUGUGCUAGCCACUGCUCCGGGAUAUGAGAAAGCUUCGCAACGAUCGGCACACCGUAUGUGUGACCUGUUCGCCGUCAGUGAAGCCGCUGGCCAGCGUGACGUGCUGAUCAACCUGGAGAUGCAUAUUGCCGAAAGUGCCAACUUCAAUGUUAAAGACGCUAAAAAUCUAUUCCGCAAACCGUUCUGGGUGUUGACCACUUUUUGGUUAACGUAUCGAGCCUUUCUUGUGGUUGUGCGAGAUCCAACGAUUCAGUGGUUAAGGCUUUUGCAAAAAAUUGCUAUCGCACUCAUGGCAGGGCUUUGCUUUUCCGGUGCCAUCAAACUCGACCAGCUCGGUGUUCAAGCUAUUCAAGGAAUUCUUUUUAUUUUCGUUUCGGAAAACACAUUCUCGCCAAUGUACUCGGUUCUGUCGGUUUUCCCAGAUACGUUCCCCCUAUUUAUGCGGGAAACGAAAUCUGGUUUGUACCGAACCUCUCAGUACUAUGUUGCCAAUAUGCUAGCCAUGCUGCCGGGACUUAUCGCUGAGCCGCUCAUUUUCGUUAUUAUUGCCUACUGGUUGGCAGCCCUGCGCCCAACGUUAUUCGCGUUCAUGAUCACGGUCAUCGCUUCGACCUUGGUCAUGAAUGUUUCCACUGCCUGUGGGUGCUUCUUUUCAGCCGCUUUCAAUUCACUCCCACUAGCGAUGGCCUAUCUGGUUCCGUUCGAUUACAUUCUCAUGAUUACGUCCGGUGUGUUCAUCAAACUUAGCUCGAUGCCGGGUGCGAUCUCCUGGAUGCCGUACAUUUCCUGGAUGAUGUACGCCAACGAAGCCAUGUCGAUCGCCCAAUGGCAGGGCGUCACUAACAUCACGUGUUCCAUGGAAGAUCCUAAUCUGCCUUGCAUGCGCACUGGAGAAGAAGUUCUGACAAACUACAGUUUCAACGAGGCUCAUCUCUGGCGAAACAUCUGGGCAAUGGUGGUAAUCUACUUUGGUUUUCAUAUGCUCGGCUGUUUGUUUCUGUGGCGUAAGACAAGAUAUGGCUAGAGUCACGUCUUCACGUCUUCCUAUUGUAGCAAAUGUUUCCAAGCGAAGAAAAAUAUAAAUGAUUGGAUCUGGUGAA